AUGAGGGAAACCGAACCAAUUAACGCCGGACGUCUGGCCGGAGCGUUGACCCUCUCAGUGGUAUGGAUCAGGACGAAUCAAUAUUUUCGACGCCUCUGGAAGCCUCAGACUGGUUUGCUUUCGGCGUACGGGUUCUGCAUCAAGGUCAAACCAUACGCGAAUCUGGCCGAGGCACACACGGUGCAGUUUGUCGCUCAAUGCACGUCUAUUCCAGUCCCCAAAGUGUACUCUGCUUUUGUCCACCAAGGGACCACGUAUAUUGUCAUGAGGAAGAUCAACGGACAGAUGGUAUGGCUGCGCUGGAAGGAGCGUCCGGAAGCAUCCAAACGGCGGAUCCUCGAUCAGCUGCAUGGCAUGGUGUUCUAG